AUGGACACUGCUGCUUCUAACCUUCAUCGUGUAGAUCAGCUUGAAGCAAACAAAUGCAGCGCCUCAGCAGCAGCAGCAGAAGACGCAGCAGCUGCUGCUGCAGCUGCUGCUGCAGCUUCUGCUGGACCCGAUGCUGCAGCAAGCGCAGCAGCAUCAGCAGCAGCAGCAGAUGAUGCGCCUGAUGCAGCGGAAGGCUUCGAGGCAGUGACAGCAAACGAAGCAGUUGCUGCUUACUUGUGUCCAGAGGAAGCAGCAGAGAGCAUUAGAAAGCUAUGCCUGCUGCCAGCUGCUCCUGCUGCUGCUGCUGCUGCAGCUGGUGCUGCUGCUGUAGAUGCAACACAAGUAUUAGGACCAGCAGCAGCAAACCAGAUAAAAGAAACUGCUCUUGCUGCGCUGCUGCUGCAUCUCCAUGUGGGGCGUGUGUCUUUCAGAGAAGUCCUCAGGUACGCCGACUGCUGCAGCACAGCAGCAGCAGCAGCAGCAGAUGCAACAGCAGCAACAGCAGUUACCUGUUCAGGUUAUGUUAAGGCGGCACAAAUGCGAAAGGCAGCAGCGCUGCUGCCGGCACAAAUAAUGCGCCGCAUGCCAGAGCUGCCUCUCCGCAGCAGCAGCAGCAGCAGCAGCAGCAGCAGCAGCAACAACAGCAGCAAGAACAGCAACAGCAACAGCAACAGCAGCAACACAACCACAGGCAAAGAGAAUGGUAAUGAUGCAGCCACAGAUAGCAGCAGCAGCAGUAGCCGCACAUCGGCAGGUAGUUGCACAGCGGAUAACAGCAGCAGCAGCAACAGCAGCAACAGCAACAGCAGCAGCAGCAGCAGCAGCAGGGAGAGGCUGAGUGAGGAAGACGACCUCUGGGAGUUGCUGCAGCUGUGCAGCAACAAAUUUUUUAAAGACUGGCAGGGCACAGAGGGCGGGGUUAGCUGCUGCCUCAUCAUUGCAGAGUCAUCUCCGGAGCUGCUGCAGCUGCUGCUGCCGCUGCGUAGCAGCAGCAACAGCAGCAGCAGCAGCAGCAAGGAGAGCAGCAGCAGCGAUGAUAGCAGCAGCAGCAGCAGCAAGUACUGGAGCGAAGAUUGUACAGUUGGUUUGUUUAUUUUGCGCAGUUUGCUGCAGCAGGUUCACACCCCUUCUUUCGCUCAGAGCACGCGGCAGCAGCUGCUGCAGUUGCUGCUGCUGUUGCUGCAGCACUGCGUUUCAGCAGUGCAGCAGGAGUUGCAGCAGCAUGCAUUAGUGCUGGAUAUAUCGCGGCAGCUUGAAGGCGAGAGAGACCCUCGAUGUUUGCUGCUGCUCUUCGCAAUUGUUCAGCAGCUGGGGUGUACGUACAGCUGCUGCAUGCGAAGGACUGAGCUCGAGGCUUCUGUUGAUAUUAUUAUGACUUACUUCCCUAUCUCCUUCACCCCUCCCCCCAACGCCCUCGCCUCAGUCACAGAGCAGCAACUAGUUGAGGCGUUUGCUGCUGCUGCUGCUGCUUCACCUCUCUACGGCCCCUUUGUGCUUUCGCUGGCUGUCGAUGUUAUACCGUCCCUUAUAGAAGACUGCAGCAGCAGCAGCAGCAGCAGCAGCAGCAGCAGCAGCAGCAAGGGCAGCAACCCCGUGGAAAAGGCUCUAAACUCUAUUGCCCUCUGCCUUCCUCACUUUGAGGCUGCUGCUGCUGCUGAUGCGGCGGUGCAGCUUGGGUUGCUGCUGCUGCAGCAGCAACAGCAGCAGCCUGACGACUUGCUGCCGCUUGAAGCUGUGGAUCUGUUGGGUUUGCUGCUACGACGAGCGCAGCAGCAAACCCCAGCGGUGCAACAGCAGCAGCAACAGCAGCCAGACCAACAGCGGCAACAGCAGCAGCAACAGCAGCAACAGCAGCAGCGGCAGCAGCAGCAGCAGCAGCAACAGCAGCAGCAGGAGGAGGAGGAUUUGGAUGGUUGUUUGUCUGUCAUGCAAGCAGAGGAGCUGCUGCUGCCGACUGUCUCUCCGCUGCUGCAGCUGCAGGACAUAGCCAAGCCGAUGAAUAAGCUAGUGCUGCAGAUGCUGCUAGAGGCAGCAGCAGCAGGCCCUGUCUCAUGCUGCUGCUGCUUGAAAGCUGCAGCGUUACCUUUGCUGCAGCAGAUACUGAAAACGGCAGGCAUAUCCGUGCAGAGAGACCAGCUGAAGCAGCAGCAGCAGCAGCAGCAGCAGCAGCGGGCUCUAACCCCACGUGCUGCUCAUGCUGCUCACGCUCUAUUUAACAGCAGCAGCAGCAACAGCAGCAGCAACGAUGGGGACGCCGCGUGCUUGGCUUCUCUGUCUGCGUGCCUUCCCUGGCUCUCAGCAGCAGCUGUAGAUUGCUGCAGCAGCAGCAACAGCAGCAGCAGCAGCAACAACGAAAACAAGCGUAUGACCGUCGAUGAAAGGAUGCAAGUGCAGGGUGGUUUGCUGCUGCUGUCGGAGCUGCUGGCAACAGCACAAGGGAGCGGGUGCAUGCAAGCAGCAGCAGCAGCAGCAGCAGCAGCAGCAGCAGCAGAGCCGGAUAGUUGGCAGCAGCAGCAGGAGGUUCUGCUGCAGAUGCUGCAAGAGCUGCUGCUGCUGCUUCUGCUUAGAGGCGAUUUGCUUGCGGUAGAGGGGCCAGAUGCGUUGCUGCUGCUGCUGCGGCUUGUGGGUAUUGUUGCAGCAACACAACCUGUAGGAGAAGCAGCAGCAGCAGCAGCAGCAUACGUUCUGUCUGUUCUUGGGGGCUUCGUUGCUACUCCUCGACUGGUAUCACCAGCAGCAGCAGCAGCAGCAGCAGCAGCUUGUGCUGCUGCUGCAGACGAAGUAGAAGAAGACAACUUGAAGAGGGAAGACGCGCAGCAGCAACACGUGCAGCAGCAGCAGCAGCAACGCGUGCAGCAGCAGCAGCAGCAGCAACGGGUGCUGCAAGAGCAGCUGCUGCAAGUUGCUUCUGCCUUCCACAGCAGGAUAGCUGCAGAGUGCAGCAGCAGCGGAGUCGCUGCAGUCCUUAGCAGCAAGCCUUCCGAUGCUGCUGCUGAUGCAAGCAGCAGCAGCACAGAGGUCGCAGCAGCAAGAGGAGUUGGUGGCAGCCCCUACGUUGCAUGCGUGCGGUCGCUGCAGCAUAUUCUGCUGUCUACUGGCUGCAUGCAGCAGCAGCAACAACAACAGCAAGAGCAGCAGCAGGAGCAGCAACAGCAGCUGAUGCCGGCCUGGGUGCUGCUGCGCGCUGUUGCAGCGGGAGUUGAGGCUGCAUGCGGAGCAGCUCUGAACAGCUUUGGCGGCAGCAGCAGCAGUAAUCAGCAGCAACAGCAGCAGCAGCAACAGCAGCAGCAGCAGCAACAACAACAGCAAAAGCCGCCCAUAUUUGAGUUGCUGCCAGCAGCUGAGGCAGCUGAAGUGUCCGUUGGUUGCUGCUGCGUCCUCGUGGGCCGCUGGGAUACAUCUGCGCACCACUGCGAGCAGCAGCAGCAGCAGCAGCAACAGCAACAGCAGCAACAAGAACAGCAGCAAGAAGAGGAGGUGCAGCGCCAACUGCAGCAACAGCAGCAGCAGCAGCAACAGCAGCAGCAAAUAUUCGUUUUUUCUCCCCCCGCCCGCUUGCUGCAACGCCUUUGUGAUCUUCUUUGCUGCGCGGCUGAGCCCUUGGAGCAGCAGCAGCAGCAGCCGCAGCUGCUGCUGCUGCCUUCAGCAGCAGCAAAGUUGCGUCUUCUGGCCUCAGCUGCAGACGGUUUGGCGAGCGCACUGUGUAUAUACAGCACGAUCGUCCAGCAGCAGCAGCAGCAACAGCAGCAGCAAGAGCAGCAGCAAGAGCAGCAGCAACGAGAGCAGCAGCAGCAAAGGAAGAGGGGUCCGGGGGCUUCUCUACUGCUGCUGCUAGGCAGCAAGAGGCUGACGAGUCUGUUUAGGAACUUAGCAGCUGCGUACGUACAGCAGCAGCAGCAGCAGCAGCAGCAGCAGCAGCAAGAGCAGCAGCAACAUGAAGAGCAGCAGCAGCAGGGGAUGCUGCUUGCAUGCAUCGUUACUUCACUGCGUCUGCUGCUGCAGCGGCUGCUGGUGCUGCUGCCGCAGCAAGACGCUGCUGCACUUUCGCAGCAUAUGCUGGAGGAGGUGCUGCGCCAUGAUGAAUUGCUGCUGUUCUUUCCUGCUGCAGUUGCUGUUGCGGUGCAGCCGUGCUGCAGCACCAGCAGCAACACCUGCUGCUGCAGAGGGACUCCCGCUUGGAGCUGCAGCAGCAGUAACCGCAUGCAGCAGCAGUUGCUGCAGCGAUGUAUCUUGCUUUGCUGCUGCUCUCUGCCUGAAUGGCAGCAGCAGCAAGUGCGGCAGCUGCUGCCAGCAGCAGCAGCAGCACCAACAGCAACAGCAGCAGCAGCACAGAAGAGCCUUGUGCUGCAGCGGGAUGCACUCGAAGUGGGUGCUGCACUCGCUGGUCUUUGGGCAAGCCGCUGCAGCAGCAGCAGCAGCAGCAGCAACAGCAGCACCAGCGACGAUGAGAGAUGUCAGCUUGCUGAGCAGCUUUUGGAGGACAUCUUGCUGCAGGCCUUCGCACCUCGUUCACAUGGCAGCAGCAGCAGCAGCACCAGCAGCAAAAGUAGCAGCAGCAACAGCAACGACAGCGACAGCAGCAGCAUUAAAGGAUGCAGUUGUGCUGCGCAGUUGGCUGCUGCGAGGGCUGUGGGGCUGCUGCUGCCAGAUGUGUUGCAGCAGUCAGCCUUGGCGUUAGAUCCAUCACCCAGUAGCAGCAGCAGCAGCAACAGCAGCAGCAGCAGCAGCAACAGCAGCAGCAGCAGCAGCAACAGCAGCACCAGUUACUGCCCUCUCUUCCCCGUUCUACCGGAGGGGCGGCCGUGGCGUUUUGGGGCUGAUGAAUCAGAGCAGCAGCAGCAUCAGCAGCAGCAGCAGCAGCAGCAACAGCAGUAUGCGGGUAGAGGGUCAAGGAAGCAGCGGAGUGGAGCAGCAGCAGCUAGUUUCUGCCUUGAAGUGCUGCAUCCUCGCUGUACGAGUGCUGCUGCUGCUGCAGUUGCUGCUGCAUUAUCAGCAGCAUCAUCAUCAUCAGCAGCAGCAGCUGCAGCAGCAGCACGGUGGGAUGCCCCUCGCGGCGAAAUCCAUUGGCUCCACGAGGCAGAACCUGUUCAGCAGCAGCAGCAGCAGCAGCAGCAGCAGCGGAAGCUGGUUGCGCAGUUGCCGCUGCUGAGUUGCCUUACAGCAGCAUGUGUUUCCUCUCUCAGCAGUAGCAACAGCAGCAGCAGCAGCAGAAGCAGCAGAUUGGAGCAGCUGGCGCAGGCGGAGCCGCAUUUUACUGCCUUGGGGCCCCUUAGUCUGCUGGAGGUGGUUAUAGGGUGGGGUUGCUGCUUCUUCGUGCAGCAGCAGCACCUGCUGUCUACUCUGAAACUGCGCAUGCAGCAGAUGCCGGCUGGUACUGCUGCUGCUGCUGCAGCUCUUGCUGCUGCAGCAGGCUUCCCCCUCUCUCUUACGCCGCUCCACAACACGAGUCAGCAGCAGCAACAGAUAGUCCGCGCAACAGCAGCAGCAGCAGCAACAGCAGCAGCAACAGUACAGGAGCAACAAGAGCAGCAGCAGCAGCAGCACGAAGAUAUCGAUGAUGCCGCAGUAGCAACAGCAACAGCAGCAGCAGCAGCAGAUUUUGCUUUGCUAGAAGGUUUUUCAGGCUCAUGGUUGUUUUUGCUGCUGCAGCUGCUGCAGCAGCAGCGAAAGUCGGAGCAAAGAAGCAGAAAGAAGAGCACAGCACAUAACGAGGUGCUGCUGCUGCUGGAGGAGGCGCUCUGUGAUGAACGCGCGGUGGUGCGGAGAGCUGCUGGGGCCUGCUUCGGUGCGUGGACAGCUCGCUGA